UGGACUCGAUCACGAGCACCGAGGACAGCGACAAGUGCCCGGGCAUGUGCGUUCACGCCCUGGCCACGCUGCUCUGCUACGAGGUCCUCGAGGACGUGCCCUGUCCCCAGUCGAGCAUGCGAUGCUGCGUCGACUCGCCGAUAAACGGCACGGGCAGCAACUCCAACGAGGUCGCCGACUACGAGCAGGAGAGCAGCUCCAGGCCCAGCAGCGGUUGGUCCGAGCAGCAGUCGUCCAAGCAGCCCGGCCACACGACCACGAGUAGCCUGGCUCCGAGCGUCGUCACUCCUGUGCCCGUUCAACAGCAGAGGCCGGCGGCCCCCGUCACAUGGGCAUCGUCGACGACGACGACGACGACGACUUCGACGACUACCUCGACUACUCAGAGGCCCGCAGUCGCAUCCGCCAAUCCGAGCAAGACCAGCGGGGACGACAAGAACAACGACGCAGCCUCCGAUAAAACGCCCAUCAAGACCUGUCCUGGUUACUGCAUGGCCGAGCGCAUCGCGCACUACUGCGACGCCGUCCUGUCGAUCGACUCGCUCUGCAAUGCGGAUCAGCGCUGCUGCGUCGAGCGCGACGUCUUCGGCGACUCGCCGCCGGCCGAGCUGCUGGUCAUCGAUCGCACCAAGUCCAAUUUGACGCGGGUCGAGGAGAAGACCGGCCAGACGUCCGUGGCCGCUUCGACGCCCGCUACCACCGGUGCUGCCGUAACGACGACGACGACCACGUCGACGAGCGCGACACCAAGGCCGAGACCAGCCGGUCCCAGCACCACCGAGGCACCACCGAAGCCCUGCAAGGGCGAGUGCGUCAGCGCGUUCUUCGCCCUGAUUUGCGAGAACGUCGAUACCGACGCGGAUUGCGGCGACUCGGCCUACUGCUGCAUCAGAGAUCCUCCCACGAGACAGGAAACCACCACGUCAACGACCACGAGACCAACGACGAAAGCGGCACCGGCAAAGUUACCGCCCUGCAACGGCUUCUGCCUCAUGAACAUCAUGUUGGCCUUCUGCGAGCGGCCCAAGGUACCGAUCUACCGGACGUCGACCUGCUCGCAAAGCCAGUUCUGCUGCGACAAUAGCAAGGUUCCUGUAACGACGAGGCGGCCAAAGCCAAAACCGACGACGCAGAAACCGGUAACGACGACGGUGGCGGGGCCACCGGACAAUCGACCCGACUGUCGCGGAUCCUGCAUCAUCUCCUACCUGUCCUUCACGUGCUUCAACAACGCCGAGGUGACGCCGCUGUUCAAGUGCAAAAAUCCCAAGUACAGCUGCUGCGCCGCCAAAUCGGUCAUCCGCGAGUUCCAAGGCAUUCACGGGGACAACAGCAGCGGCACGACGGGCUCCCAAGGCAUUUCCACCGGCUACGGCAACGUCGGUAUCGAUAAUUCUCUCAGCAACAGGAACGACUCGGUCUAUCCACACAUGACCACGUCUUAUUCGCCCUACAACACUGCCCAGAUGCUACCUACUUCGCUUCACUACGAAACAACGACUUUGUCAACGACGUCGACAACGAAAUCCUCAUCGUCGUACGGCAAAUACGUGUGCGGCGUCAAGGGCACGUCGCAGGCACCGAUGCAGGCGCGCAGCAGUGCGGUCGAGAUGUAUCGUCGAGGGGCCCGAGUCGUCGGUGGCGAGGACGCCGACGCCAACGAGUGGUGCUGGCAGGUCGCCCUCAUCAAUUCGCUCAAUCAGUACCUGUGCGGCGGUGCGCUCAUCGGCACUCAGUGGGUCCUCACGGCGGCUCACUGCGUCACCAACAUCGUACGAUCGGGCGACGCGAUUUACGUGAGGGUGGGCGACGUCGAUCUCACCAGGAAGUACGGCAGUCCCGGAGCGCAGACGCUGCGAGUCGCCACCACCUACAUACAUCACAAUCACAACAGCCAGACCCUGGACAACGACAUCGCCCUGCUCAAACUGCACGGCCAGGCGGCCCUCAAGGACGGCGUCUGCCUCGUCUGUCUGCCCGCCCGAGGCGUCAGUCACACGGCCGGCAAGAGGUGCACCGUCACCGGCUACGGUUACAUGGGAGAAGCUGGACCGAUUCCGUUACGGGUGCGCGAGGCUGAGAUUCCGAUAGUCAGCGACGCGGAAUGCAUUAGAAAAGUCAACGCGGUAACAGAGAAGAUCUUCAUUCUGCCAGCCAGCAGUUUUUGCGCCGGUGGCGAGCGGGGCAACGACGCCUGUCAGGGCGACGGCGGUGGACCGCUGGUAUGCCAGGACGAUGGCUUCUACGAACUCGCCGGUUUGGUGUCUUGGGGCUUCGGCUGCGGACGCGUCGAUGUGCCAGGAGUUUACGUCAAAGUGUCGGCCUUCAUAGGAUGGAUCAAUCAAAUCAUCAGCGUCAACAAUCUGUAGCCUGAAUGAAUUUUACAAAUUAUAAUUUGAAAAUGCGACUCAAUGUUUGAAUGAGUACGAAAUAUCAUACCACGUAAUCAAUCGUAUCGCUUCGUGCUGUGAUAUUAUUUCGAAACGUUAUUCGGUAGCUGAUGCAUAACUCUCUUUCAAAAUUACCCAAAAUUGUCAAAAGGUAAACUUUGGUCAAGUAAAAAUAAACGUAAAGUCGCAUGUAAAAGUAUUCAUAAAAAUAAAUUAAUAUUAUAUAAUUUGCAAGUACACUGAGAGUGCUUGCAAAAUAGAAGCAGACGAAUUGAUCAGAAAUUGUAUAAAUCGUUACACUAUAAGAUAUAGGAGUUUAUCGUGAAAUGUUUUAUUGCGAUAAGAAAAUUCGCUAUAACAUAGAGUGCGAGCGCAUCCAUACUGAAAAAUC